GGCUUCAGACCAAGGGGAGGCAAGAAGGACUUCAUCGGAAAUUUAGAUAAAUUUAAUAUGGACUUAGUUAGCAUUUAGAUCAGUUCUUUUUGGCACUCUAGCUCAAGAUUUAGGCACCAGCCCCAUUUACAGGGGUUGCUCCGGCGGCGGGUAGAAGCUUAUAAGGCGCUCAUCCAACAACUUCAAAAAUGCUUCAACUCAACUUCACCAAUCUCAUCUCAUCCCAAUCAUCAUGGCUUCCGACGAUUCAAGACUCGUCACUGAGAUAUGGGACAACAUCUGCUCCUUUCUCACACCACCAACGCUCUCAAACCUCCGUCUCACGUCUCACAGACUCAAUGAGAUCGCACGCCCAUGGAAAUACAGAAGCUUACGCCUCGAAGCAUUCGCCCCUUCAUCAGUUGAACGAUUUAUCCAAAUCGCCAAGUCCCCCGAAUUAAGAAGCUUGGUCCGAGAGAUCACAAUUGAUACGCGCAUUGAGUUCGACUUUGAGUACCUCUGUAACGAGUCAUACGAGUUCCCUAUGGCUUUCAUGAACGCGCUUCCUCAUUUACGUUGUUUCACAAAUGUCACGGCUCUUCAUAUUCGCUUUGAAGAGCACUGUGGUGAAGAUGAUCGGUAUGGUCAAACGAUUGAAGAAACGUUUGAGUUUCGAUAUCGUGUGCUUGAUACCAUUCUUCACUGCGCUGCGGGUCUCUGGACUUUGGAGAAGCAGAUCAAGAUUGAUGACGAAAUGGAAGGGUGCAUAUAUCUUGAUGCAGAUGAGUGGUUUGACUAUAGCGAUCAGGAUCUUGAGUUCACUCAUGACAAGCCUUUCCCGCUGAAGGAGUUGACGAUUACUCACCUAGCGGAUUAUGAUGAUCCCAGCAUCACUCUCUCUGAGGCCUGGAAAACGAUCAUAUCCCUCCCAAGUCUUGUCGACUUUCGAGUCUUCGUCACGACAGAAGAGUGUGAAGCUUCACCCGAAAGCACGAUUCACUAUGUGGAGAAGUACGAUUUCUUCGGCAACCUCCACAACACGUGGCUCUCGCCUAACAUCGCGGAUCAUCUGCGCGUACUGUCGUUAUACUUCAAAGACUACUGGGGCUGGUUCCCCAUCAUGGACUUUCGAAAUAUUGGAGAAGAUGCGCCUUUUCCUCAACUAAAGGUUCUUGCGCUGGGGAAUUAUGUCUUUACUCAUGAGUGGCAGAUCGAGUGGUUUGCCAAGCUCGGCAAGAAGAAUGGUAGUGGAGGACUUGAAGAGUUGUAUCUUGAUGAUUCUCCCAUUUUGUACCAUGCACGUCAGCUUCGUAUUGGAAAUGACGGGUAUGCUGAUCAUGAAGCUCAUACAGCGCAAGGUGGUACAGGACGAGGAUGGAAUCCUAUAAAACGCGACUUUCCCAUUCGAUGGCAUCAUAUUCUCUCCCAGUGGAGAGAUUCGAUGAAGGGCUUGAAAGUACUCCGAGUUGGUCAUGGAUGCUGGUGGAAUUGUCCAAAGGAUACUCGACAGGCAAUUUUGCAAGACCCUGAUUACAAGGGCAUCGAUUUCCAAACUAUGGAUCAUCGACUCUCGCGAAACCAGCACCGGAACUUUGCUUAUCCUGCCCCGACGGAGGAAGGAUAUAAGGACAGGGAAAAUAGCUGGGUGUCUGAAAAGCACAGACAUGGGACGGGGAUAGAUAAUCAGAGAGCGAGCCGGAUGCAGUAUAUUGAGUAUGACUGUGGCACUGGGCCGUCGGCGUGGUUGGAGAAGAAUUCGCGGUAUUAUCGUGAUGAUGAUGGGUUUGCGCCAGAGAAGGGGACGUUGGAGAAGGAUGAUGCUGCUUGGGAGAUGAUGAUGGCUGUUGUUCAGGCGAGACGCCAAGGUGCUGCUCCUGCAGUUCUCCCAGUUUAGUGUCAUUUAGAUUGUGUCCGUCAAAAUGCGGGUGAUUUACACGGUCACAUUUUAGUGUUCAGGAUCAGAUUUAUAUACGGUCAUUUUCACUGUUCAGAGAACAUGCUUUAUUAAACAUUGGACUCUGCUACUGUUUACUUAUUCUAAUCGUCAGAACAUAGGAAGAUAUAAGGUUUCGCCAUGUGCAGAAAGAGAGAUAUA